AGUUACCCUUUCCCUGGAACUCUCCUAGGCCACUCCCUCUGAUGCAAUAUCUGGGUUUGGACAGAAAGGAGGGAGCUGUCUGGGCUGGCUCCUCUUUUCUGAGCCGUUUGGGCUGGCUCCUCUUUCUAGAACAAUUCAGUCUUCAGGGCAACUCAGACCUCAGCUCCAACAUCUGCAUUCUGAAGCAAGGAUGGCUGAGAUGGACAGAAUGCUUCAUUCUGGAAGGAAACAAUGUUCCAGGUCGAGCUGAAUCUGCCAAACACAGACCCUCUCUGUGUUUUUAGAAGAAAUCUUGCCAAGUCUUAUCAUGUGGUUUUUCUACGCCUUGAUACCUUGUUUGCUCAUAGAUGGAGUGGUCGUCCUGCCUGCCCCUCAGAACCUCUCUGUACAAUCAACCAACAUGAAGCAUCUCUUGAUGUGGAGCCCAGUGAUUGUGCCUGGAGAAAUAAUAUACUAUUUUGUUGAGUACCAGGGAGAGUAUGAGAGCCUGUACAUGAGCCACAUCUGGAUCCCCAGCAGCUGGUGCUCACCCACGGAAUGUCCUGAGUGUGACAUCACUGAUGACAUCACUGCCACUGUGCCAUACAAGCUCCGUGUCAGGGCCACCCUGGGCUCACAGACCUCAGCCUGGAGCACCCUGCAGCAUCCCUUUAACCGAAACUCAACCACCCUCACACCGCCUGUGAUGGAGGUCACCAAGGAUGGCUUCUACCUGGUUAUUAAGCUGGAAGACCUGGGGCCCCAGUUUGAGUUCCUUGUGGCUUACUGGAGGAGGGAGCCUGGUGCCAAGGAACAUGUCAAAGUGGUGAGGAGCAGGGGCAUUCCGGUGCACCUGGAAACCAUGGAACCAGGGGCUGCAUACUGUGUGAAGGUCCGGACGUUCGUGAAGGCCAUCGGGAGGCACAGCCCUUUCAGCCAGGCAGAGUGUGUCAAGGUGCAAGGAGAGACCCUCCCCCUGGCGCUGGCCCUGUUUGCGUUUGUUGGCUUCAUGCUGAUCCUUGUGGUUGUGCCCCUUUCCAUCUGGAAAAUGGGGCGGCUGCUCCGGAACUCCUGUUGCCCCGUGGUGGUGCUCCCCGACACCCUGAAAAUAACCAAUUCACCCCAGAAGUUAAUCAGCUGCAGAAGGGAAGAGGUGGAAGCCUGUGCCACAGCUGUGCUGUCUUCUGAGGAACCCUUCAGGGCCUGGCUCUAGCAGGCUGGGGAAGGUUUCCAUUGAAAUUGAGAAUCUGAUUGGCACAGCACAGGAGCCAUGAGGGGAAAGGCCCUGCAGCUGUUUUCCGCCACCGACAAAGGACAAGAAAAGCAAGAAGAGCCUGCUGUGUCCGCGUCUAGAGGCAACUGUCAGAGGCAGACUGGUUUGGCAGACAGAGCACUGA